AUGAGGAGUAGGGAGGGCAACGGGGUUAGUCGUCGUAGUGCUGUUGAGGCAGCUGCUCCGAUCGUCGAGCCUUCACCUAUUCUACCUAGGAAUCCAGCUGUUCGGGUCGGUACCCUUAGUAACGGGUUGCAGUAUGUGAUUCAAGAUCAUAAGGAUGUUGGUGGGAAGUCAGUCCAUGCAACACUGGAGGUUCAUGUUGGUAGUCGGGAUGAGAGUGCAGGGGAGCAGGGGAUGGCACAUCUUGUAGAGCAUGCUGCCUUCAUGGGCUGUGAUAAGGAGAGGGCGGCACUGGCCAUGAAGGGAGGACAGAGUAAUGCCGAGACGGAUUAUCAUCAUGUUAGCUUCGAGACUGUGGUCCUUAACGCGGAAGGCCUUGGGGCUGCUCUUGAACUACUGCGACAGGCGGGCUUUGAGGCGAAGUUGAAUAGGGAUGUAGUGGAGAGGGAAAGGCUGGUGGUGCUGCGUGAGAAGGCCCAGAUGGAUACGCAUGACUAUGCCCAAGAGUGUGCGGCGUUAGAGGCCCUGCAUAGGGAAAAUGUAUUGGGCACGCAGUUUCCUAUUGGGAGCUCUACCCUAGUACAGGGAUGGACGGUGGGACAAGUGAAAGACUUCUACAAGAAGUGGUUCAGACCAUCCAAUAGCACAUUGUUCAUCGUUGGGGAUCUUAACGGGCGAGAGGAGGAAGUCAUUUCUGAAAUCGAUCGGAAAUUUCAAGCUGUCGAAGCAGGUGUUGCUGCUUUACGUAAGCCCGUGUACCAUGAGUGGCAUCCUAAGGCUCCGACUAUUCGCAUAGACUCCCAGUCGCAGAAUUCUGCUGUGGGUCGCAUAACGUUGAUGUCUAAGCAGCCAGUGCAUCCAUUGCGGACUUUGGCCGACAUGAGGAAGUAUGUAGCAGAGGACAUCGCUAUACGAGCGGUGGCUUCGAGACUUCAGAGGGCGAGCAGGGGUAUGGGGGUCCCGGUCGUGGCCCGAGGCCGACUGUGUGGACAGCAUUCGGGAGGGCUGUAG